ACCGAUCGGGGCCGGGAUCGGGAUCGGGGCCGGGAAGGGCAGAGCGGAGCGGAGCAGAGCAGGGGCACCGGCACCGCGGCGGGGCGGGAGGCCUGAGCCGGGCGAGCGGAGGCCGCCGCCAUGUCGGCCGCCUUCAGGAAAGCCGCCAAGUCGGGGCAGCGCUCGCACCGCGAGCGGGCACAGCCCGCCUCCCGGAAGAAGCUGGGAUUGCUGGAGAAGAAGAAGGACUACAGGCUCCGCGCCGAUGACUAUCACAAGAAACAGAAUGCCCUCAGAGCACUUCAGAAGAAAGCUCUGGACAAGAAUCCUGAUGAGUUCUACUUUAAAAUGAUACGUUCAGAGCUCCAGGAUGGAGUUCACAUAAUAAAGCAGCCAAAGGAUGAAGUGACCCCUGAACAGGUGAAAUUGAUGAGGACACAGGAUAUUAAAUAUGUGGAAAUGAAAAGAGUGGCAGAAUCCAAGAAAAUCGAGAGGCUGAAGUCGGAGCUCCAUCUGCUGGAUGCUGAAGGGAAGAAUCCCAACAAGCACACGUUCUUUUUUGAUACCAAAAAAGAAGUUCAGGAGUUUGAUAUUGCAACUCACCUGGAUACUGUUCCAGAGCUCGUAAAUAGAGUGUACAACCGACCGACCAUUGCAACGUUGCAGAAAGAGGCGCUGAAAGGAGCUACUGAUCCUGCCCACUUGAAGAAAUUAGCGCAGCAAAGGAAGAAUCAGUAUGACCUCCUGAAGCAGCGCAUUGAAAGAGAAAAGGCCAUGUUUGUUAUUGCACAGAAAAUCCAGACGCGUAAAGAUCUUCUGGACAAAACGCAUAAAGUAAAGGUGAAGAAAGAGACAACAAAUGGUCCAGCUAUUUACAAAUUCAAAUUCCAGCGGAAACGUUAGCCAUUCCAUUAAAUAAUUGUUACCGCCUUCGCUUAGAAAGAAAGGAUUCUCUCAUCAAGAAGGACUGAUACACCGUAGCUGUUUUUCACUGCAGCCUAGCACUUUGUUAAAAUUAAUUACUGUGGGCCUGCAGUAGCCGUAAAUAUAUUGUAUCUAAUUAAUUGA